AUGACGGUCCAGAAACUGAUCGCCACAGCCGUGUUGGUCGCGCUGGUGUCCCUGAUUCUCAACAACGCGGCUGCCUUCACUCCCAACUGGGUGUACCAGACCUUGGAGGACGGGCGUAAGCGCAGCGUGGGGCUGUGGAAGAUGUGCUGGCUGGCAGAGAAGGGCAAAGGAGGUGUGGGCGCAGGUGCCAAGCACGGGCAAGGGGUGGAGCAUGAAUGCGAAGCCCUGGGCUGGGGUUCGGAGCCCGCUGGCUUCCAGGAGUCCCGAAAUACUGUCAAAC